UCCACGCCACGCGCACCUCGGCCAAGGACAAGGCUCCGGCUGCCACCACCGCCUCUGCCCCGGCUAUAAAGCCGCGCCCUUUGGCCGGCCCGCUCCUCCUCCUCCUCGCUUCGCCCAGGCCAUGCCUUCCUCCUCCUCGCCGUGCACUGCCCUGUCCGCUCCUCCUCCUCUUCGUCCGGGCGGUGCCUCUCUCCUCCGACAUCCCCGCCGGCUCCGACCGGUCCGCUGCUCCUCCACCCUUCGCCCGGGCCGUGCAUAUGUCCUCCUCGAGCCGGGUUUCAUCUUGCUCGUCCUCCUCGAUCGAUUUGCCCGUUUAAAAGUGCGUCUGGAUUUGAUUUUGCUCGUCCUCGGUCAAUUUGUCCGUUCAGAGUCGCGUCCGGAUUUGAUUUUGCUCGCCGUCGCCGGUUUAGAUAGCUAGAGAAUCCCGCCUGAUUUGAUUUUGCUCGUUCUCGCCGUCGUCUGUUUAGAACCGCGCCUGAUUUGGUUCUGCUCGUGUUCAGUUCGUCAGUUUAGAGUCACUUCCGAGUUGAUUUUGCGCGUCCCCGCCGUCGUCAGUUUAGAGUCGCUCGCUUCUGAUUUGGUCCUGCUCGUCCUCGCCGUCGUCCGUUUUUUGCUCGUCCUAGCCGUUGCCCCGACGCGCCCGCGUGUUCUUGGUCCGUCUCGUCGAGGGUCUCCGCCUGGUUUGCGAUUCAGAAAUUUCUGCGUGUGCUUCUCUUGUCUGCGUUUCUUCGUGUUCGUGUCAGCGCGAGCGUUACAGGAACGGUCGGGUCUUGGUUCUGAAAUUGGGUUGCGGCCGGAGAUGGAGAGGCGGAGAGCGAAUGUCAGUUCGUCGUGCUAGUUCAGAUCAGUUUCGUCACCUCCUGCGUUUUUCUUGUUCGUCUGUUGUUUUCAGAUCUCAAACGGCUAGUUUGUUCGUGUUGCUCCGUCGAGACGUGCCCUUGAUAAUCUGGUUCCUCUGUCGAUUCUGAUUGUACCAGCUAGCUUGUUUCAGUUUCGUCAGGCGUGUGUGCUCUCAUCCUAGAUGCAGGGGUCAUUUGUUCUGAUGGGUGUUACUGCUUCUGUUCUUUUCAAUUGGUUACUUCCUAUCAGGCUUUGCUUAUGUUCCAUAUAUGGUGAUGUGUGUUCAGGGGUGCCAUUUCGAGCAGACAGAGUAGAACUUUUUAAAAGAGUGCAAUGGCUGCUGCUUGACUAAUUGAACACCUGCUGCUGCUACUGUAGGACAAGGUUUCCUUCUUUUAUUCCUCAUGUUGCUAUUUCCAUUUUCAUAUAGGAGUACUAGAUGAGGUGCUGCUAGUCUUCUAGAUUGCAUAGCAUAACUCUAGAAUUUUGUCAUUGCACACCUCGGCAUAUGAUUCUGCUAUGAGCAUAACUCCAGAGUUUAUUUAUCUAUGAAAGCACACUCAUCACAUGUUUUUUAUCAGUGCUGCUCACUUUAGUCAUGUCCCUUUUGUUUGUCCUGUCAAAUUUAUGGAGCAAAUUUUGUACUCACUCUAGUUAAAAUAUCAAGAACGCUGACUUCUGUAUUUGUCGCUAUGUAAGCCAUGCACUUCGGGAAGCCUGGGCGUGAUUAGGAUUUGGAUUGCAUAUAGAUUUUAUGCUAUGUUUGUUUAUAACCUGGUUGUGACCUAAUAUAGUGUAAAUCUUCUAUUUUUUUAAUUUAGUUUAUGUUCAACGCAAGUAGGUUUUGUUCGUAAGUGGUAUUUCUUUUCUGUGUGUAUGAACAUUCACGCUGGCAAUUUUUCUUAUCAUAAUCAUUUUCCAUCAAAAUACAUUUCUACUGUUCUCUGUUCCCUUUUGAGGUUCACUCACUCAAUUAUGCAUUAGAUAUGAUAUCAAUUACUGCUGUCCAGUCACUGAAAUAAUGCUUUUCUUGAUUUGUCUAGACUUUGUGACAAGAAUAAGCAUGUGUCUCUGUGCCUACAAACUUGUGGGUACUGGGUAGUGAUGAUGAUUUAACUAGCUUCCUGUUUUCAGGAAUGAAGAUCUGAGUUACCCUCACCCCUCUACAGAAAUCAGUUUACUCAUUCAGUUUCUGGAACUUCUUUAUAGCUUUCUGAGUUUACUUCGGCCUUGCAUGUAUUAGCUUUCUGUUUGUACCCUUAUCUAUGUCUGUUUCUUUGUGUGUUUCUUGUGUGCAAGCGAUCCAUUGUGUGUGUCUGACUGUGUGUGUGAUGUGCCCCUAUAUAUGUAUGUUUCUUUGUCUGUUUCAUGUGUGCAAGUGCUCCAUUAUCUGUGUGUGACUGUGUUUGACUGCUUGGAUGGGGUGAUUCUGAUUGUGUUACUGCUUAUACGGUCUGUCCAAUUGGUUUCUUACUCAUGCUUUGCUUGUGUUCCAAUGUCGUCUCCCCAUAUAUGGGGAUGUGUUCAGGGAUGCAAACCAUUUAAGCCGUUUCGAGCAGGCAGGGAUCCAGAGACGUGCGCUAGUCAGGCUUCUCUCCUGCUGAUAGAUGAUGAUAGGCUGAGCAGAAAAGUUUGACUCUUGUAACACUUACUUGCUUGGCUUCCACUCCUUUGUGUGGCCGAUUUGGCAUCCAAUGCAUCUCAUGCCUAUCUUAUAUAUCUCACUCACUCAUCACAGCAUCCUUUUCCCUGUUUUUGUUCCUUUUUUUAUUAUCAUAAUAAUCAUGUAUAGGGGCACAUGCACCGGGCUGCCCUUUUUUUUAUUAUCAUAAUAAUCAUGUAUACCGUGGUGUUUGACAAUACAUUUUUGUGAUAUCUAUGUUUCGUUAUGUCUUAUGUGGAUAUCAUAUUCUUUUUUUGUAUAUUACUGUUGUCCAUUCACUGGAAUAAUGCUUUUCUAAGUAUUUCAGGUAGGAUAUAGACAAAUGUCAUAUUUGCUCUUCCUUGUGUUGCUAAGGACACUGAUGGGUGGGGUUUUGCUUACAGCGCAGGACCGAUAAUUCUGAUAGUAUGCCAAGGACUGCUCAGGGUUCCUAUUGCUUUCUCUUUUACCAACUAAGGUAAUCGAAUUUUGAUCUUUGGCUUGCAAAUUUAUCACCUUAUGGGAGAGAAAGGUUUGCAUGUACAUGAGCUCUGAUUAUCUACAUAUAUACUUGUACUGUUUUGGAUUUGUUGGACUACUAUUCUACAUGAUGUUCUCCAUGAUACACUUGAUCUGUUAAUUUGAGUAUUGUCCUGGUGAGUUCGUUCAUCUUGUGACACAAAAUACAAUUUUGGUAUGUGCAGACUCUGAAAUUUGGUGAUAAAGAAAAGGUACCUCCUAAUUUGUUCUCUGUCUCUCUACACUUGUCUUUGUUUAUAUAACAGUAGUGGCCUCCUGGCUUGUAGUUGGGUAAUGCAGAGAGAGGUUUGGAAUUGAAGAACUAAAAUAAUGCAGAGUUGAAGGUUUUGAACGGGAAGCUUGAACAAAUAGUUUACUUUUUCUCAUGUCUUUGAUUAGUCUCAUCCUAUCUAUGUCUGUUUUUUGCGUGCAAGCACUCCAUUCUGUCUGUGUGACUAUGUGUGACCGUGUGUGACCUUGACUGUGUGUGUGACUGACUGCGUGUGUAUUUCUUUGUCUGUUUCUUGUGUGCAAGCUCCAUUGUGUGUAUGUGUUGACUGUGACUGUGUAUUGACUGCGACUGUGUGUAUGUGUGUAUGUAUGUGUUGACUGUGACUGUGUAUUGACUGCGACUGUCUGUAUGUGUGUAUGUGUGUGUUGACUGUGACUGUGUGUCAUUGUGCAAGCACUCCAUAACAACCUAUUGGCACCUACCUCUGGAUAUUUCAAUAUAAGGUCAUGGGCAUGUCAUUUUAUGACCUACCUCUGUAGUUGGUAGUAUCAUUGCCCUUUGGACACUCUUCAAUGCAUUGCUGUAUAUUUUCCUGCCACAAGUAUGAUGUUUGUGCUCAGAAUGAUGUAUAUGUAGAAUCCAGGGUGGAUGGAGGUUUUCAUGAUGGCUAAUUUGAUUUGUUAUGGUUCUGAUGGUGUGCUUCUUGUGUUCGAACUGAAGCCGUGGAUCACUCAUCAACCUGGUCUGUGUUUGUAUGCUUAAUUAUUUCCGGAUAGGACAGAGGUGCAAUGUUUACAUCCAUGACAGAAGGUUCUUUAGCACUGAACUCAUCAAAGAUCCUUGGACUCAAGAGGUCACUACCUGGACGUAUAGGCAAGCAAUGUCGGGAGAGGUCAGCUACCAGAACUUCUUGCUGCUUAUCCUGGAUGUUUCCGAACAUGCUCCCAAACAUGUUCAAUUUAUCCGCCCUAGGACAGCCACUGCCAUGACACAGCGGGUUACUCGGCAUGCUCGGCGUGUUUACUUUGGUGGACUUACUCCGAUCGCUAAUGAACAGACAGUUGCUCUAUUAUUCAAUCAAGUUACGGCUGCUAUCGGGGGAAAUGCAUUUGGUCUAGGUGGCAUAAUCAUCUGAAUCCAAACAUAUGGAACGAUGCUUGGACUACUGAGGAGGAACAUGCACUGAUUAAUGCCAUCAGGUAUAUGGGAAUAAAUGAGCAGAAAUAGCGAAAGUUAUUCCUGGAAGGUACUGCAUGCCAAACAACUUACAUCAUGGGUCUUGCUUGUAGUAUUAGCUUUCUGUUUGUGCCCUUUCUAUCUCUUGUGUGUGUGACUAACUGUGUGUGACUGUGUGACUGACUCUGUGUGACUGUUACUGUGUGUGUGUGACUGAAUCCGUGUGUGACUGUGACUAUGUGUGACCGACUGUGUGUGUGUGUGUGUUUGAAUUAAUAUUGCAUUUGCUUGAUGGUGUGUGUUGUAUGCUUUGCUUGAUGGUGUGUCCUGAAUGCUUUGCUUGAAUGAUUGAUGUUGUAUGUUUUGUUUGUU